AUGGGGCUAGAAAUAGCCCCCACGACUGCUUUUUCACUUAUCUCCAACACAUUUUUACAGAAUGAGAGUGUUGAUGACAGAAGGUGCAGCAAUGCCAGUUCACCUUGGACUGAUCUCUCCAAUCUUGUGACCUGGGCACACACUCAUGGGACCAUCUGCAAUCAAAUCCCAGCCUUGGAAAUUAAGCAGAACACAGGUCAUUCCAGCAGGGACAGUUCUGUUCUGUGGAUAUGUGCAGCUGGACAUGCCUAUCACUGGCAGUAUGGAAAACUAUACUUCAGAAGCAGAGAAGAGAAUGAAACUGCAGAAAAGAGGAGGAGGUUAGUGUUUUCUGAGUCUUCAUCAAGAGAAGCUAAUUUAGAUGAAAAUAGGUUCAGGAUGAGUGCAUCUUUUAAGAGGGCUAAAGCAGAUGCUGUUAGCACAGGGUCAUGUAGCAGAUCUCCAGGGGUCACUCGGCAGAGAGGCAACACAGUCUACACCAUACAUAAUGAACCAUCACCCAAAGAAAGUCGAAAAAAUAGCAAAUCCAUGAAAUCUUGCUUUGCAGCAGAGCAGCAUCCGUCAAUAUCUGGUAGUGAAGUCAAAACUGAAAGGCAUAAGGUGAAGCUAGAAAGCAACAAAGAUCUAGUCAUCAUCUCUGAUGAAGUGCAGUGUAUAUCAGAUGAAGACAACCAAGGAGACAGAAUCAAGCAGAAUAUUCUGUCAGAAUCACAAAUUAAAGGUAUAACUGCUGAGGCAGAUUGGCACAUGCAUCACAGUCAGAAGAUGGCAGUUAAGAAGCCAACAGCCAUCCAGCCAUCUGGCUAUGCCCCCACAGGAAAGCCACCCCUAACUCAGGCCUGCAUUCUAGGGUGCCCCAUCAGCAACCAAGAAAGCCUGGACAACAGUUUAUUGAGGUUAGGUCCUCUUAAUCCUGCAGAGCCCAUCUCUGAAACUUCUAGAGCAAGAAGUUCCUCUGGGUCAGCAAUACAGAAUGAACAUUUAAAAUCUGUUCCUGUCUCCAACAUUGAAGCAAAGGACCAACUUGAGUCACCUGCCUCUCUGACAUUCUUUGAGUUUGAAACCUCUGUAGCUGUUGAGGAGCAACUCCAGCUGAGCCCUCCUGAGUGUGGCACAUCAGGAACAUGCUUAAAUGUGUUGAAGAGGCAGGAGAGAAAGAGAAAUGAUACAAAAAUCUUCAAAGACUGGCUGGUUUCACAUUGCCCUUCAGAAACGCGCGAGAUCUAUAAGCUGCCACCUGAAGACCUUGAUAAUUACCUGGCCUCGUUCUACACUUCUGCAAAGAGACAGAAUGGCAAAGAAUUUUCCCCCAAUUCUUUGCGCUUCUUUCAGAAAAACAUAGAGAGAUACCUGAAGAAUCACAACUACGCGUACAGCGUGGUUAAAGGGUUGGAAUUCAGAGCCUCUCAGGAAGCCUUGAAACUAAAGCAGCAGCAGCUGUCCAAAGAAGAGAGAGAGGGAGAGUGGAGCAUUUUGGAGAACCUGACAGAUGAAGAUGUGAAGAGACUUUGUAAGACGGGACUUUUGAGUAAGGAGAACCCUCAGGGCCUGUUGCACCUCAUGUUCACAAAUAUCAUUAGGGGCUUUGGGGCAAGUACACACAGUCAGAGCCGUAACCUGUACUGGGGACAGCUGGUGCUCAAGAACAAGGGAGAGCUGGAGUACUUGGAGUGGAAGGAUGAUCUGGACGCAGGGGUAAGCACAGGGGAAUCAGCUCCACAUCUCUUUGCCAAGCCUGACGAUCCUGGUAACUGUCCGGUCGCACAUUAUAAGGAAUACGCCAAGAGGCGGCCGUCGGAUACGCUGCACGACUACGAUCCGCUUUACCUGGCUCCCAAGCCUCUGUGCUCCAUAUGGGACCAAACGUGGUACUGCAGAAAGUCACUGGCUAAAGCCAAAAUGGAAAGGAUCUUGAAAUUUAUUAUCCAGCAAGUCAAGAGCCCUGUGAAGAAGUACAAGAAAUAA